CAUGAACACCAAAUGUAACUCAAGUUGGAAUCAAACUUUACAUACAUAAGAAGAAGAAAAAAAUCUCAAAAUGAAUACCAUUAUGAAGUUAGCAGGUGAAAAUCCGGUGGUGAUAUUCAGCAAAAACGAUUGUUGCAUGUCGCAUGCAAUCGACACACUGAUACGUGGGUACGGAGCGAACCCUAGGGUUUAUGAGCUCGACCAGCUAGCAGAAGGAGAGCAGAUGGAGAAGGAUUUGAUGGCAUUAUUGGGGUGCAACCCUAGCGUGCCGGCCGUCUUCAUAAACAAGGACUUUGUGGGUGGCUCCAACGAGAUCAUAAGCCUCAAUAUUAGAGGCAAGCUCAAACCCUUGCUCAUCAAGGCCAAUGCUAUUUGGGUAUAGCUACAUGCAAAUUAAGAUCUACUUUAAUUAAUAACUUAUGUUGUUAGAUUUAUAA